CAGCAUUCUGCUGAAUUGUUGGCCGUUGUCCGUCUACCCUUCAUCCAUCCAAGUUAUCUACUCAAUGUGGUUGACAAUGAAGAGUUGAUAAAGUCAUCAGAGGCUUGUCGAGAUUUAGUCAAUGAAGCAAAGCGGUAUCACAUGCUCCCACAUGCCCGUCAGGAAAUGCAGACUCCAAGGACAAGGCCAAGACUAUCAGCAGGUGUAGCAGAAGUCAUUGUACUGGUUGGUGGUCGACAGAUGAUAGGAAUGAAUCAGAGAACAUUGACGGCUGUGACGUGUUUAAAUCCACAGAUCAACAAAUGGUACCCACUGGCCAGCCUUCCCUUCUAUGACCGGGAAUUCUUCAGUGUGGUCAGUGCAGGAGACAACAUCUACCUAUCA